GUUAUUCUUUUGAAUUUUAAAAGAAUUUUUCAGUUCAUUUGUAUAUGUUAAUUGUUAGGUGUAAGUUAGGUGUUUUAUAGGAAAUACGUUGAACGGACAUUUGUUUAGGAGUUUGACCAGGAAAAGGGGGUCUUAUACGCUAAAAAUACAACAAUCGGUUUUAUAAAAUGAAUACCGACAAAGAAGUUAAUCCUAUAACGGAGCACAGUUCUUUCGAGGAUUUGGAAAAGCUGGAUUGGAAUGUCUUUGUUAAAGAAGUGCCACAUGGGCAGGAACUAUGGGCCGAAAUCGAAGAAAUCAACAAGCAAGGAUUCAUGCAUUGGGCAAAAAUUGUCCAUAAUAUUGCGGGAGAGAAAGAUGCCGAGACCCUUAAAACUUGGUGGAGAGACUACAAACUAAACCUCAAUGAUUUCUUAAUGGAUAUGGUAGUGGAAGCUGUAAGGUUGGAACAGUCAACCAUUAAAAAAAUCAAAGACCUCCUAAUCCAACUUCAAACUCUUUGUAUUGAACUUCAGGAGCCCAUUCCGAACAUUGGGAGUGGCACCUUAAGCCUCUUUGAGGAGCAGGCCAAGUUAAUGGAAUGCCUCAAACAAUAUGAGGACAUAAUUAACCAGAAAAAAAGUGAAUUGAAAAUGUUGCAAGAUAAGCAAGAGGAGUUGUGCAAACAGUUGGAAGAAGAACCCAAAAUGAAACUGAAAUACCCUCCGUUGCCCACCCAGAGUGAACUGGCCAAGUUUCAGCAGUACAUCGAUAAACUGGAGAACGAAAAGUUCGAAAGGGAAGAGAAAUAUUGUGCCUUAAAAGAUGAAAUUAUGGAGCUGGUAAAGGAGCUGGGGUAUAAACCCAAGGAUGAUUUUGAAAAAAAGGUAAUGACAUCUAAUAAGGCGUACAUCACAAAAAACAACAUGGAAAGGAUUGAGUUCUUUGCGAAAUCUUUAAAAGAAAUCAUGAAACAAACUAAAGAAGACAUUUCCCAGCUGAGAGUCAAGAUCGAGGACCUCUGGAAAAUGUUGGAUGUUAAUCUAAUGGACAGGGACGAAUUUAGGACUCAUUUUAAAGGUAAUUCGUUGGCAACGCUGGAUGCCCUUUGGCUCGAAGUGAAACGGUGCGAAAACAUCAGAAAAGCCAACAUUAAGAUGUUUAUAGAGAAGCUUAGGGUAGAGUUGAAAACGCUGUGGGAAAAGUGCCACUGUAGCGAACUGGUGAGAAGACAAUUUAAAUAUUUUAACGACGAAUGUUUCACGGAGGAUUUACUUGACUUGCACGAGAUCGAAAUACAGAAGUGGAAGACUUAUUAUGAAGAAAACUCGAAUCUUUUAGAACUGUUGAAUAAACAUCGAGAGCUAUGGCAAAAGGGUUUACAAUUGGAAGAGAACGCCACUGGUCCGGACAGGUACAAGAACCGAGGGGGCAAAUUACUGAUGGAAGAGAAAGAAAGGAAUAAACUGGCCAAACAAAUUCCGAAAAUCGAAGAUGAAAUUCGGGUUUUAUCGGAGCAGUUUAGAGAGAAGAACUUUUGUUCGUUUUAUACGUUCGGGAACACUCCCGAGGAGUAUAUUGACCAUAUGCAUCUGGAAAGAGAAAAUAAUCGUCAAUUGAAACUGAGCGCACGUAAAUUGCAAAGAGAAAACACGAUGCUGACUCCCGCUAAAUCUUCAAGAAAUCUAUUUCCCUCGACCAGUAGAGCGGCUUUGACGCCAUCUACCCCAGCCACAGCCUCAAAAAGGAAAAUAUUCGCCACUCCCAGUACAGAUAGUAAGAGAACGAAGAUCGCUAAUACUCCUAUUUCAAGAUCUAAGACUCCGAGAGUUAUACCGAAGAUCAAGAUCACGCACACUCACAUGGUCCUGCCGAGCCAGAAACGUAGAUCCUCGGUGGAUAAAUCGAGACGUUCCGUUGGGAAAUGCAAGAAAAGUCGCGUGGAAAAUAAAGAAAACCACGAUAUUAACAAUACCACCUAUACGGAAUUCCAGAGCGACCUGUCGUGCAAAAAGAACGUCCGUAGCACAAUCCUGCCGGGCGAUAUUUUAACGAACACGCCUUGCAAACCGUCCAGAGGCAAGAGAACCAAACCGGCGUAAUUAUUGUAUUUUACAUAAUAGGCGUUUUUUUUUUUUUGCUUUUACUAACAUUAUUAAAUACUAAAUAAACCUUAACGUAAAAUCUAACUUAGGGUAAUAUUAAUAAUAGAAUAUAAAGUCUUUGGUGCUUUUCUAAAAAUGGCCAGUUGGCCAUAAAAUCUUCAGUAUUAUACAUUAGAAGAUGAUAAAUUAUGUUGCAUAUUAUUUUAAAUGUACUUAAGUGCAAGGCCGUUUUAGGGAUUUUUUAUUUAUUUUUAGUUUUUUUUUAAGCCAAUACCUAUUAAAUCCCAAGAAUUUUUAUGUAUUAUAGAAUUAGUAAUAUUUGGGUUGGGCUAUGACUGUAUAUAAAUAAAUAAAAGGCAUUAGAUGUUA